AUGCACAAAACAAGCCUCUUCGACAAGCUCCGGCUGGUCUCCUCCAACAUCUUCCUGUCCCUCACCGUCCCUGGUGUGGGUGUUCCUCUGAUCAUCAACAAGAGAGUGGGGGACUCCGUGGAGCUGCUGGCAGGCUUAGAGAUGGGACAUUUCAAAUCCUUGGUGUGGAAGUAUAUGGGAAAGGAUAUUGCAGAAUUCAACACCGAAGUUGUAUAUUCACCUGGAUCCCAGUUUGUGGGGAGACUAAAGAUGAACACCAAAAACUUCAGGGGAUUUUCUACUUACAGUAAGACCAUCACUCUGAAGGUCCACGAGCCUAUAUCCAAGGUGGCGAUCCAGACAGACAUCAAGCUAUUGGCCAACCACUCCUGUACGGUACGGCUGGUGUGCAACGUGUCCUCCUACCCCAACAUUACCUACACCUGGGAGAGAGACAAUGAGAUCUACGGGGACGCCCAGCAGAUUCACUUCUCUCUCUCACCAGCAGAGAGAGACAUCAGUGUAAAGUGCAACGCCUCCAACCUAGUCAGUUGGAAAACUGCUUUUGAGAUGGCAAAGUGUAGUAAUGACACAACCACCCCAGAAUAUGUGACAGGACUGGCGUGGUAUACCAUCUACAUCGGAAUAUCAGUGGGAGGCGCUGUGGUGCUGAUCCUCACUGUAGCUGUGGCAGUCUGCUACUGCAGGGGCCAAAGUAACACAGACCGCAGGAACUGUAAGGGUCCGGAGGACACGCUGGUGUCGACAGUCACUUACCAGCGGCUCAGAAUGGAGCACACUUCACUUUAUGUGCUACUCUGUGAGUAUGAUUAA